AUGUCUCAGCAGCGGCUACGGGUGCCCGAGCCCGAGGGCCUGGGUCACAAGAGGACCAGCUCGGAGGACAACCUCUACCUGGCUGUGCUCAGGGCCUCAGAGGGCAAGAAAGAUGAGCGGGACCGUGUGCAGAAGAAAACCUUCACCAAGUGGGUCAACAAGCACCUAAUCAAGGCUCAGAGGCACAUCAGUGACCUAUAUGAAGACCUCCGUGAUGGCCACAACCUCAUCUCCCUUUUGGAGGUGCUCUCUGGGGACAGCCUGCCGCGGGAGAAGGGGAGGAUGCGCUUCCACAAGCUGCAGAACGUGCAGAUCGCCCUGGACUACCUCCGUCACCGCCAGGUGAAGUUGGUGAACAUCCGGAACGAUGACAUUGCCGACGGCAACCCCAAGCUGACCCUCGGCCUGAUCUGGACUAUCAUACUGCACUUCCAGAUCUCAGACAUCCAGGUGAGCGGGCAGUCGGAGGACAUGACGGCCAAGGAGAAGCUGCUGCUGUGGUCCCAGCGCAUGGUGGAGGGCUACCAGGGCCUGCGCUGCGACAACUUCACCUCCAGCUGGCGCGACGGCCGCCUCUUCAACGCCAUCAUCCAUCGGCACAAGCCCAUGCUCAUCGACAUGAACAAGGUGUAUCGUCAGACCAACCUGGAGAACCUGGACCAGGCUUUCUCUGUAGCAGAGCGGGACCUGGGGGUUACACGUCUCCUGGACCCUGAGGACGUGGAUGUCCCUCAGCCCGACGAGAAGUCCAUCAUCACCUACGUCUCGUCCCUGUACGACGCUAUGCCCGAGCUGCAGCUGCGCUGGCAGGAGUACCGGGAGUUAGUGCUGCUGCUGCUGCAGUGGAUCCGGGCACACACAGCCGCCUUCGAGGAACGCCGCUUCCCCUCCAGCUUUGAGGAGAUUGAGAUCCUGUGGUGCCAGUUCUUGAAGUUUAAGGAGACGGAGCUUCCCGCCAAGGAGGCGGACAAGAACCGGUCGAAGGGCAUCUACCAGUCUUUGGAGGGAGCGGUGCAAGCAGGCCAGCUCAAGGUGCCCCCUGGCUACCACCCACUGGACGUGGAGAAGGAGUGGGGCAAGCUGCACGUGGCCAUCCUGGAGCGGGAGAAGCAGCUCCGAAGCGAGUUUGAGAGACUGGAGCGUCUUCAGCGCAUCGUGAGCAAGCUGCAGAUGGAGGCUGGGCUGUGUGAGGAGCAGCUGAACCAGGCCGACGCCCUGCUGCAGUCGGAUGUCCGGCUGCUGGCUGCAGGCAAGGCACCGCAGCGGGCGGGUGAGGUGGAACGGGACCUGGACAAGGCUGAUGGCAUGAUCCGGCUGCUGUUCAACGAUGUGCAGGCCCUCAAGGAUGGGCGGCACCCUCAGGGCGAGCAGAUGUACCGCAGGGUGUACCGCCUGCACGAGCGUCUGGUGGCCAUCCGCACCGAGUACAACCUGCGUCUGCGGGGCACGCCACGGCACCCUGAGCUCGAGGACUCUACCCUGCGCUACCUGCAGGACCUGCUGGCCUGGGUGGAGGAGAACCAGCGCCGGGUGGACAGUGCUGAGUGGGGUGUGGACCUGCCCAGUGUGGAGGCGCAGCUGGGCAGCCACCGUGGCCUGCACCAGUCUGUCGAGGAGUUCCGGGCCAAGAUUGAGCGGGCCCGCACGGACGAGGGCCAGCUGUCCCCUGCCACCCGGGGUGCCUACCGGGACUGCCUGGGUCGGCUGGACCUGCAGUACGCCAAGCUGCUGAACUCCUCCAAGGCCCGCCUCCGAUCCCUGGAGAGCUUGCAUGGCUUCGUGGCGGCCGCCACCAAGGAGCUCAUGUGGCUGAGCGAGAAGGAGGAGGAGGAGGUGGGCUUCGACUGGAGUGAGCGCAACAGCAACAUGGCUGCCAAGAAGGAGGCCUACUCG